CGACACCUCUCCGACCCUAAACGCCUGGCCGGCACGAAGUGAAGGCGCGUGGGUGCUGGCGCCGUCUCACGAUGGGCUGCCUGGAGAUCUUUCACUCAUUCGACCACUGGCUCUCCAGGCAGUUCUACAAGCUCUCGUAUGCGGCUGGACGUCACAAGGUGCUCUUCAUUCUCAUUCCUGUCGCCCUUGCUGUUGCUGGCCUGGUCGGCUUCAUGAUGCUGAGGAAAUACGAGAAAGAGAUGUUGGCCCUCUACUUUCCGCAAGAGUCGCGAGGAGCGCUCGAGAAGGAGGAAGUUGAGACCAUCUGGGGUGAUCAGGACUACAGCUAUUCAACCCUACUGCUUCUGGCCAAGGAGGGGAGCUUUGAUGCCAAUGUUCUCACCGCCGAGCGAUUCGCCAAGGCGGCCACAAUUCUCCAGAAUGUCACCAGCAUCUCUGUGGAGCACGAGGGCAAGACUUUGACCUUCUCCGACGUCUGUGACCGAGGCAGGUCGCCCGACGGUAGCUGCUUCCUUCUGUCCGUAUUCAAUUGGUGGAACAACAAGACCCUUCCAAGCACCGACGAACAGCUAAUUGAACAGCUGAACGCGCCGACUCGCGUGGACCAGUGGGGGACGCCGCUGCGCGAUGAAGUGCCGCUGCUGCUGGCGAAAGCACACUACGAUGCCGAGGGCCGAGUGGAGAGCGCGGCUGCCUAUCAUUUUGUCUUCGCUAGCCGGCAAACAGACGAAGGGGCAGCAUGGUAAGGCAAAGGAAGGCGAUGGUUCCUGCAGCUGGAAAGGGAGCCUGGUGGGUGUAUGUCUGAUGUCUGCAGGGAGACCAAUCUCGUGUCACAAAUUCUCGAUGUGAACACCCAGGAGUGGGGCGAGAGGGAAGGCUUCCGCGUCUACGUCCGCACAGAGCACUCAAUCGACACGGAAAUCGAGAGGAGCGUUGGGGGGAAUCUUAGCUUGAUGGUGAUCGUCUUUGUAGUCCUUAUCGGUCAGUGUGCAGUCCGCACGUUGCCGCUUGACCUUGCAAACUCCCCAGUUCUGUGUGAUGUGCACGUGGUCAGGGUAUGCGGUGUCCGUCACAUACCGCCACGGGAACCUCGUCCGAUCGCAGAUGGUGCUUGCGCUCACUGGUGUGGCAAUUGUUGGCCUUUCCUUGUGUUUCGCGUAUGGGAUCUGUGCUCUCGCGGGGAUCCCCUUCACGGCAGGUGCGUGCAUGCCAAUACAGGUCACUUAGAUGCGCCGGCCAUAUGUUGGUCGUCUUCUCCCUUCUGUCAGUCGUCGGGCUCUCGCCUUUCCUCAUCCUCGGCAUCGGCGUGGACGACAUUUUCAUCGUCAUGAACAGCUUCCACGAGCAAGAUCCCGACCAUGAGCCGAGGGAGCGAGUGUCCCUGGCCAUGAAGGAGUGCGGCCCGUCGAUCACCAUGACGACACUCACGUCCUUCGUCGCCUUCGCCGCCGGCGCUGGCUCUUCCUUUCCUGUGGUCAAGGGCUUCUGCCUGUGAGUCGAAAACAGGGCAAGCAGCCAUCCCGCCGCCCACCUCCGGAUUACGUGUGGUGUCAUGCAGGUACACUGCUAUCGCCAUCCUGAGCGUCUUCCUUUUUACCAUCACAACCUUUCUUGCGUUCCUGCACCUGGACGCUAUACGACAGAGGAGAAACCGGUGAGGCGAACCAGACGAAGGGGAAACUGCUCGAUGCGCUGCAAUGUGGGUACUGUUGUGUGUAUGCGUGCAGGCUCGAUUUGAUCUGUUGCAAGAGUAGGAAUGAGGAAGCUUACAGGGGGUCGCACAAGCGUCUGGCCUUUGGGCUGACCGCCAUUUUCAAGAAGCACCUGGGGCCGUUGCUCUCAAAGCAAGUCGUCAAAGCAGCGAUCAUUCCUGCAUUCCUUCUGCUGCUGUAUGGAGGUCCGUUCAGUUGGUGUUGUGUACACGUAGUAGGCCGCGCAUGCAUCAUUCCACGUCUGUGUGAGUCGUGCAGGCAUUUCAGGGAUCCUCAGGCUUGAGCAAGGCUUGCACAUCCGCGACCUGGCGCCGUAUGGCUCUUUCAUUCGGGCCUACUACGCAGCGGAAGACAGACUUGAGCUUGAGGAGCCGGUCCAGUCUCUUGAUUUGACUGUGAGCAUUACCGGGCUCAAUUUCACUUCGGCCGAGGACUUGACACUGCUGGAGCAGCUCACUAGGGAUCUCGAGGACAGCGAAUACGCCCACCCGGAGACACGAUUAAGGGUGAGGAUAAGCGGGAUACAUCAGCAGUGAGGUAUAUGACUGUGAUACGCACUCGCUCGGCUGCAGAUCACUUCAUUCGUCCGCGCCUACGACCAGUGGCGGCAAAUGAACCAACUGAACAACGGGUCUGAUGCUGAGUUCUAUGACCAUCUAAGCGGCUUUCUCAACCUAAAGGGCCGGGUGUAUGGCGAUCACGUCCUUCGCAGUGCCAGCGGGACCAUCCGCCAUUGCCGGAUAUUUGUCACAACCAAAGGAGUGCCCUUCCGUGAGCAGGUCAGUGGGUGACGGACGCACCUUGAUUGAGCUGUCCAGCUGCGGGACCAAGCACUCGUGAUUGAUUGUCCUUACACUUGUGUUCAGGCGCAGUUGAUGCUUUCCUUUCGCAACGUGGUCGACAGCUCGGAGUUGAGCAGGCGGCCAGACGUCAGGCUUAUCGUCAGCCACCCACGUUUCUUUGUGUAAGCCUGUUUGCCACCGUUCGUUGUGAUCUACACACUCGCCCGUUCCGCUUGUUGGUCUCUGGUAGGUUCGAGCAGUCUCUCUAUAUCUUAGGCGAGACUCUGCUGUCGAUGCUGUUGGCCGCGUUAAGCGUCCUUGUGGUGACGCUCUUCUUCCUGUGCAGUCCCCGAACCGUCAUAUUCGUGUUUCUGCAGAUAGUCAUUAUCGAUAUCAACCUGGUACGCCCACACAAGUGUCGACAGGGGUAUACAGCAACAACGUGUCUGUCUGAUUGUUUCUUUCUUGCACAUGCAGAUUGGCUACAUGGCCCACUGGGGCGUGCCCCUCGACUCCAGGUCUAUGAUAAUGCUUUUAUUAUCCAUUGGCUUCUCCGUCGAUUACUCGGCCCACCUGGCGCACGCCUUCAUGCUGGCCCCCGGCACACGGGACGAGCGGAUGCAGCAGGCGCUGUCAACGAUGGGCACGUCGAUUGCUAAUGGUGAGUGAGAGCAGGCCAGAGGGUUGACGGAUGGGCAACGGAUGCGCUCGUGAGGGAAGCAGUAGCGCACCUGUCGAUUCAUGUGUGCAGGAGGGAUGUCUACACUCUUGGCUACGCUUCCUCUUGCUGCGUCCCCCUCCUCAAUAUUCGAGGUUUUCUUCAAGAUGAUGUUCAUGGUAAGUGACAGCAGCACACGGCCACACAGGCGGAUGCGAUGCACGACACUCACUGUUUUUAAUUGCCUAAUUUUCUCUCUCUUCCCCAGUCCGUUUUGUUCGGUAUGCUCCAUGGGCUCAUCUUCCUUCCGGUGCUGCUCUCCAUUAUGGGUCCGCCCGCCAUCUCCCGGGCAGACGAGAAGCUGCCGUCGCUCCCUGUCGCAAAGACGUCCUCCUCUCUCAGUCGAGACGCUCUCCGGCCGGAGCGGCACAAGCCAGCGUAUCGCAAUGGCCCCGAUAAGAUGCGACUACACCACCAGCAACCGUCAGCGCAUCGGGGUCAGAAGAUGCAGAGGAGCGCCACUGUCGGCGGCCAUGGGCAGCGCGGCCACGGUGGACAUCGGGUUUCCGAAGACCCACCGAUUUUGCAACAGGCGGCAGAGGAGGAGUCUGAGGAGACGAAUGGGUCGAGCAUCGAGGUGACGGAUGGGUCGCCCAUCGAGGUGACGAAUGGGUCGAGCAUCUACGUGAGCAUCGACAAGUAGUCAGUCGAUGGACUGGCAGCUGGCGACCAAGGCAGCUAGCACGGCUUAUGCUGACAGGAGGGAUGAAGGGAGGGUAGGGGCUGGUUGAGACAGUCAGUCAGUCGGGAUGUACAGGGUAGUGGUGAGACUUGGGCGGGGACGGACGGAUGGACACGUACGUUGAUUAAUGCUAGUUGAGGCGUUUUUAUGGCGAUUUAGUUGUGUCUGACUGACUGACUCACUGACUGACUGACUGACUGAGCGUGGACCACAAAGGCAGCCGCAGGGGUGUCUGCCACUAAUUAGGUAGCCACGCAGUUUUUGCAGGAGUGAUUCUACCGUUAUUUAUCUGUAUUGCGGGGUGAUGAUAUGUCAUUUGUGAUCUGGCUGCCUGUCUCUCUGUAUGUCUGCAUGUAAUCGUUUUUUGUAAUUUUUCUUUUCUGCAUGGAUGGCUCACGAUGAGUAAGUGCUCAUGCAUGGCAUGAACCGAGUGAGCAAGCUGCUGUGAGAUAGAGCGGUCCGCAACAGUCAGGUCGCAGUACAGGGUGAAGCAGCAAAGUGACUUUUCAUGUUGGAUUGAUCGAAUGCAUUCGAUCAAUCCGUGACAAACCAUACGAGAUGUUGCAUAGACACCAUUCUGUGUAGAGUCGAUUCCUGCC